AUGUCAGGUUCAAUAGGUGGUGUUCAAAAAAAAAUUAAAGAAAUUAAUUCUAGUAUUAUGUAUAAACAUUGUUACUUCCACUGCCUAAACUUAUUACUAGUUGAUGCUUGUACGUCUUCUAAAGAAAAUCGCAUAGUUUUUGAAUUUUUUGGAGUAGUGCAACUAACAUAUGCUUUUAUAGAAGGAAGUGCUGUACGUCACGCUAUUCUUGAGAACAUUUUUAAACAAAUAAAUGUUACAUUGAGAACUAUGAAGUCACUGUCAACAACAAGAUGGGCAUGUAGGGCAGAAGCCGUCAGUGCUAUAAAACAUAAUUAUUUAGCACUGAUUAAAGCCUUAGAAAAUAUAACUUAUUCAACAAAACAAACAGAUGUUAAUGCUAAAGGACGUAGAUUAUUAUAUCAACUUAAAAAUUUUAAUUUUAUACUUGGACUUUAUAUGAUGGAUCCUAUAUUUAUAUUGAGGAGGCACAUAGGGGUGGGUCUUCCUUCUUCAUCUGAUACUGGUAUGUUAGUGAUGUAUGUGCAAUACGGAUUCUGUUAA